UCGGAGGAGGAUGAGGUUUUGCUUGAUUUCUCCGCCUCUCCGUGUAUUCUCGUCGAUUGCUCUCGCGCCCAGCUCCAAUCUCAGUCAUGGGCGGCUUCUCCUCCAUACAAGAACUGCAACUCUCCGAAUUCGCGCCACUGCUGACGACGGAGUGGAAGCUCCCGAGGUGGAGGAGGAGGAGGUUCAAACCGAAUCUCCUAUCCCUUCUGCACUCGGUAAAGACUUGAAAAAGGUGGUUAACAAGACUGCAGCAACCUUUGCCCCUAGGGCCUCCACCGCCAGUAAAAACCCAGCUCUCCCUGGAACUACUCUUUACAAAGUUUUUGAGGUUCAAGGUUAUGCAUCCAUGUUGGUUGGAGGAGUCCUCUCUUUCAACCUCCUCUUUCCCUCCAACGAACCUGACUUAUGGAGGUUGAUGGGUAUGUGGUCCAUUUGGAUGUUCACUAUUCCUUCUCUUCGUGCACGUGACUGCCCUCUUAAAGAGAAAGAGGCUCUCAACUAUCUUUUUCUCAUCAUCCCCUUACUCAAUGUUGCUAUUCCCUUCUUCUGGAAAUCUUUUCCUCUUGUCUGGUCUGCUGAUACCCUUGCCUUCUUUGCUAUGUAUGCCUGGAAGCUUGGAUGGCUGGAAAGAACCGAGUAGAUGUGUAGACUGAAGAUUCUUUGUAUGCUCUUCUACAUUCAGCUUCUCUGUGGGUGGUGAGUAGAGAGCAUUAUUGAAUGUUCCAAGUUACGUGGGCUUAAAGGCAAACGAAUGUAUACAAUGAAAUAUUGGUAAUAUUCUUAAGACUUGUCAGAUGUGGCUUGUUUUCUUGGAAAUACAUUUACAUUUUCUUAUCAAGAAGCUGUAAAUUUAAAGAAAAUAAAACAACUCAUUGCAUCUGCAUCCCGAUGUAUGUUGUUUCCUUCUUCUGUUGUACACAUAAAACAAUAUAGGAGGAGGGUUCGUGUGUUUGGUUCUAGACUAAGCUAUUUCGCAUCUUCUCCGGUGUGUUCUCGAUGUAAGCAUCUGAUUUCUUAUUUAUGCCAUUUAUAAGAGGCCUCAGGCCGAGUUAUUUACUGCUUAGGCUUGGCUCACUCUUCUUCCCCUUGUUAUGUAACCUCUUC